CUGCCUGGGUGCAUGGGGGAGAUCGGUUGCUCAAACUUCCCAUGGAUAAAAGGAAGACGGGAAUAGUAACGAGGUAAGUCAAGAACGACAAAUAUAACGACAGGAUCAACAAGAUCAACAUCCCGAUCCGAUGGGGGGUGUGCAUGUUUGGGGGUUACAUACGUUUGGAGCUGCAACGCCUCUCUUGUGCGUUCUUGUGACGAGGCACGGAAGAACUCUUCCCAGUUUUCUCGUUUUCUCAACUACUGCCAUCCGUCCAUCCGCUUCAAUGCAAUAUCCCUCGUCUCAGUUCCGUGGUUUCUCCUUGUCUCUCUCUCUCUCUCUCUCUCUUUUCUUUUUUCUCAUUUACAGUCCUGUCAUCAAAGGAGGUUACAGGUUCUUUAAUAAGAGAAUUAUAUAUGCAAAUACACGGCGCUGCGUAUGCAAUUCGUCGAGCGACGUCCGUGUCCCUUGCAUGCAUGCAUGAUAAAAAGACGUCGUAGGUCAGAUAGGACUUUGCCCGACUCCCGAUGCCGGGGGUCGGCCUCCAACCGCUCAAGCGCAUAAUUU